GCACAUUUUAACAGAAAUAUACCGGUCGUUCGGAGAGAGGGUGUCAUAAUUAUUACUGUCUCUUUUACUUCUCUAAUGAGUUCUCAAGUUCAACAGUCUAUUACUGAAACGAUUAAACAUCUGGACAAGGAGCUUCGUGAUAUCAGUCUCAAGAUCCACGAUGAUCCAGAAUUGGGCAACCAGGAAUUCCAUGCCCAUGAGCUACUCACAGACUACCUUGAGAAGAAGGGAUUUAAAGUGACACGCAAUGCAGUUGGCCUUUCUACUGCCUUCAUUGCUGAAUUUUCUAACAGCAAGUCGGGUAGACGUGUCGGUUUCUGCUGUGAAUACGAUGCUUUACCUGGCAUAGGACACGGCUGUGGGCAUAAUUUGAUAUCCAUUCAAGGAUUAGCCUGUGCUAUCAGUAUCAAAAAGUUGAUGGAACAGGAUCUAGUCAAGGGAUCUGUUGUUCUUUUUGGCACACCUGCUGAAGAAACAACAAGCGACAAGUUGAACUUUGUGAAGGAGGGUGUUGUUCAGGAUAAAGUGGAUUUUGCCAUGAUGCUCCAUCCUUUUGCUAAAGACGGCUUAUAUCCCAAUAUGUUGGCGCUAGAUUCACUUGAUGUUGAAUUCUUUGGUAAAGCUUCUCAUGCAGGCAUGGCACCUUGGAAUGGUAUCAAUGCAUUGGAUGCCUUGAUGCAAGCAUUUGAUAAUAUUGGAAUGUUGAGACAACAAACAUUACCUACAAAUAGAAUUCACGGCAUUAUUACCAAAGGCGGAGACGCAGCCAACGUGAUUCCUGCUUACGCUUCGGCUAAAUUCUAUGCUCGUUCUCUCACCAAAAAUCAAUUGGCUGAACUCAAGCCCAAGAUUGAAAACUGCUUCAAGGCAGCAGCCCUUGCCACUGGUUGUCAAAUCAAACUCUCCUGGGGCCCCUUGGGCCCUAUUGACGACGUCUUUAUGAAUGACACCCUUACAGCCGUCUAUAAGACGUAUAUGGAAGACGAAGGUGUAUCAUAUCUGCCUCGCACAGAGGAAGAAAAGAUAACAAGUGGAAGUACUGAUAUGGGCAAUUUUAGCUACGUGGUACCAUCUAUUCACCCCGCAUUUGGUAUUUGUACCGAUGCACCCAACCAUAGUAAAGAAUUUACAGCCGCAGCUAGAACCGAAAUAGCACAUAAGCGCACACUCACUGCUGCCAAAUGCCUUAGCUUUACUGCUGCUGAUGUUUUACUCAAAGACGAGCUGUAUGACCAAGUCGUCAAAGACUUUAAAAAAGGAAAGGCACAGUAAGAUACAUGUGCAACCCUUUAAUAAAUAAAUAAGCCUUUCCUUAUGCAAAACAAAUUCUCACGAGUUUUAGACCGC